UCAGGAAUGUGAUCUACGAACAAUAAUGCACAGCGAGAGUGUGUCAUUACAGCUACUCAGCCUCUAAAAUGACCAUUGUUUUGGAAUGUGGACUUGCAGGUAUUCGACAGCUUUUGAUGGGUGUGUGUGCUUUGGUUGUGUACUCUACAGCAGUGGGAGUUAAAGGUGUAACCAUAGAGCGCUUAAGAGGGAGGGGUGAAGUGGAGGUACUGCCAGAGGGAGAGUGGAAGAGGGUGGAACUGACAGAGGGGGCGAGGUUGUCAGUGAAAAGGGAAAUGAAGGAGUAAGCAGGAUUGUGCCUGCUGCAAUACAGAUUCCCUCUGCUGACUUUAAAAGAACACAGCCAUGGUUGGACACAAACUGCUGGAGAGAACAAGGAGCCAGUGAGGAAACAACAACCUUAUCUUUCCCAUCUAUAAACGGAAACCACUGGAUAAUUUAUAAGCCUCUCCCUCCUGCUCUGAGUGCGUGUGUGUGUGAGGCAGAGGGGGGAUUUGCUGAGCUCACCACCACCAUGCUGUGUCCUGCUGCUGUCAGUGCAGCCGCUGUGUGUGUGCUGCUGGCGCUGCUGGGCCCCGGCCUGUCUCUGGCAGAUGAGGACUCCUCAGAGCUGAGCCUCUGCAGCGGCUGCUUCUACAGACGGACGCCUCCUCAGGGAGAAUCUGCAGAGCUGCACUCGCUCUGCCACAGCCUCCCCGGCGGACAGACGUUCGCCUCGCUGUCCAAACCGACCUGUGACACAGCCGUCUACACAGCCUUCCAUCUCAGCAGCGCAGGGACAGAGGAGGGGGGGGAGCAUGUUGUGACAGAAGAAGACAACAAAAAAGUAGUAGUACCAGGUCUUCUAAGAGGCGGCGAGGGUACAUCUGUCUCACUCACAGACUCCCCCCUUCAUCUCUGGGACGCCACAGUCACAACGCUGCUCCAGUCGACAAUCACUCCCAAAUGCAGCUCUUCAGGCGGAGAGCUCUACAUCCUGACAGGGGUGGGAGGUCUAGGGACGGCCAAGGAUGGAGACGAGGAGUGUCAGACGAAGCCGCUGUGGUCUGCCGUGUGCUGCUCUGUCCCUGAGGGGAAGAGGGGCUUCAGUUUUGGGUUAAUCACAGAGACAGGGGAAGGGAAGAGGCAAGUGAGCGUUAAGGAGCUGCAGGAGAUACUGGGAGUGGCAGAGCUGUUCGCAGAGGGAUGUGGAGGAGCAGCUGGGGAGGUUGUUGACAUCAGAGAGGGUCUUCUCAGUGAGGGGCUCCCUGGAAACAUAGAAACACUGGAUGCAGAUCUUACUGAGGAACACAAAGGAGACAAAGAGUCAGAUCCUAAUGCAGCUGGUGGAAGCACUGAAGGAGAGGAGGUUGUUUCAAGGGCAAAUAAAAGAGUGGAGUCUGAUUCAGGUGUAAAUAAGGGACAGGAAGUCGGUUCAGAAGGUAGCGUUGAAGAGCAGCGUGAUGUGACACAUUCAAGGUCAGUCAGAUCAGAGUCUCCAGAGUCCCCAGUCGACUACGGGACUGUGGAAGAACAAGACACUGACACAAACUCCAGCAGCAUGGUGGUCUACGUCCUCUCCACCACCUUGUCCAUCCUCAAAGCUCCGCUGCGGCCGCUGUUCUCCAGAGUCACAGAUUUCCCUGGACAGGUAAUAUACGUUUUUCAGGAAGAAUUUGGGGUGCUGUCCGCCCUGCCUGGAGAAACCUACUCCUUUUUCCAUCUCCUGACCUCUGAUUUCUUGUCCUGGAUGGGCUCAGCUGGAGAAACAGUAAUUGAUAUCGGGGAAAACUGCUUCUCCAACACCUACUACGUCUCCUCCUCCUUGCUGGGGGCCCUGGUGGACAGCUGCUACACAGGGGUAACCGGAGUGGGGACCCUGGCUGGAGACACUGUGGGGAUUUGUGGGGAUGCUGUGGAUAAUACUUGGUGGGUGACCAAGUUCUUCGGAGGGCGGCUGUGGGAGCAGAGCGAGGGUUACGUUGUGACGGUGGUGUCGGAGAUAUGGGGUCAGGGCAAAGCUUUAGGUGGAGGGUUUGGGAGGCUGGUGUGGAGAAGUGGAAGGGGGGUGUUUGAUGUGUUUAGGCUGGGAGGGGGGUUAGUGAUGGGGGUGGUGGAUAUACUCAUUGAUGCGAUGAGAAUGGCUUCCGGGAAGGAGUAGAAUAAAAAGAAUAAAAAGUCCACAUGAAGCCAUUGAAAACUUUUCAAUUUAUUUCUUAAUUUCUGGUUUCUUUGAGGAGUGAAAAAGAGAUACUGUUUCACCUUGAUGUCAUUUGAUAUGCCUUAGCUGUUUUAGAAGGAUAGCCAUUUGUUUUUGAGUCGAAUUUAGUGAAUAACAAAUGUACACUGUAGGGCUAACACUUCACUGUGGCUGGCUGUCCAAUUCAUCUGCUGCUGCGACAAGCAACCCCACUGUGAUUUAAAAACCACUGUGCACAAGGCUUUUGGAUGUAUAUAUAUAUUCAGAACCAUUCUUGUAUGAUAGUUGUUAUGGUUAAUGUUUGCUUACAUGUACAUUUUAAUAAAAGACAAUGCUGGCUGAGUGCA